UCCAAGUUCCAAGUUCCAACCAUAUCAGGUGUAGUAUAAAACUAGUAGUAGUAUUGAUUACUCCUCCGCGCUCCAUCAUCCUUUUUGUUGAGGCUGAAUAUUCAUCAGCCAAGUAUGGCUCUCUCCCUAUGCAACUGCAAGACGCCUCCAGUUUCCUUCAAGCAAGAUGUAUUACAGCUCGCUGCCUUUGAAACUCCACGACAGUUUUCACUUUAUUAUUCCGUUUUCUGCAAAAAGCAGCUGCAGUAUCAGCGCAAAGAAUCCAGCUACAGGAAUCAUAAGCUCGCAUCUCUGGUGCUCGGACGAGCCACCUCUAAAACUAAUCAAUCGCACUUCUCAUCCGUCGCUACAGAGUUGGAAGAAGGAACCAGUUUGCUGGACGAAUGUCAUGACAUUAACAACCAACUCGCUGCCGAGAUUGGAACGAAAUUAGCGGAUUGCUGGAGGGACAUGCACGGCGAAAAUGACUGGGUCGGCAUGCUUGAUCCCAUGGAUCCACUUUUACGCACUGAGCUAAUCCGUUACGGAGAGAUGGCCCAGGCUUGUUACGAUGCUUUCGACUUUGAUCCUUACUCCAUAUAUUGCGGAAGCUGCAAAUUCACCCGCACAAAGUUCUUCGAGGAGCUGGAAAUGCUGCAGUACGGGUACGACGUCACCCGUUACCUCUACGCGACAUCUAACAUUAAUCUCCCAAAUUUUUUCAAGCAAUCCCGAUGGCCUAAAGUCUGGAGCAAGAAUGCAAACUGGAUAGGCUAUGUGGCGGUGUCCAACGACGAAACCUCCAGGAAGUUAGGGCGGCGCGACAUAUGCAUCGCCUGGAGGGGAACAGUCACCCGGCUGGAGUGGAUAGCUGACAUGAUGGACUUCCUCAGGCCAAUUUCAUCUGAUAAAAUUCCGUGUCCCGAUCCAACUGUGAAGGUUGAGUCGGGAUUCCUGGAUCUCUAUACUGACAAGGACGAGAGCUGCCGCUUCUGCAAGUUCUCAGCACGGGAGCAAAUUCUGACCGAGGUCAAAAGAUUGAUAGAAAUGUAUUCCGACGAGGAGGAGGAACUGAGCAUUAGUAUAACGGGGCACAGUUUGGGGAGUGCUUUGGCGACAUUGAGCGGAUACGACAUCGUUGAGACGGGGAUAAACGUUGGUCGAGACAGUCGGGGAGUGCCGGUUUGCGUGUAUUCGUUUUCAGGCCCAAGAGUCGGGAAUGUUAGGUUUAAGCAAAGAGUGGAAGGGCUCGGGCUAAAAGUCCUGAGGGUGGUCAAUGUUCACGACGUGGUGCCCAAGUCUCCCGGUUUGUUUUUCAACGAAAAUGUGCCGCCGGUGGUUAUGAAGUUGGCGGAGGGAUUGCCGUGGAGUUACUCGCACGUUGGUGUGGAGCUGGCCCUGGAUCACAACAACUCUCCCUUUCUCAAGCCUACCACGGAUCCCGUCUGUGCCCAUAACUUGGAGGCUCAUCUGCACUUGCUUGAUGGAUACCAUGGAAAAGGGCAAAGGUUUGUGCUUGCGAGUGGAAGGGACAUUGCUCUGGUGAAUAAGGCGUGCGAUUUCUUAAAGGAUCACCACUGUAUCCCACCGAAUUGGAGGCAAGUUGAGAACAAAGGGAUGGUAAGAAACAGGGAGGGCCGGUGGGUCCAAGCAGAACGCCCCAGGCUCGAUGAUCACCCCGGGGACAUCCACAUUCAUCUCAGCCAACUUAGCCGUCUUCCAAAUUAGCAUGGGUUUGUAUAAUUUGCCGGAGUUUGAUUAGCCUUCGGAGGUCAGAGACUUGUCAAAGGAGAGAAAUGAAAAAGUUCUGCUCUGAUUCUUCAAACCGGAGUGUGAUCUUUUCACAGUUCGAUUAAAUUCUUGAUGAGCCGCUCUUCCUCCAGCGUUAGAAAAUCAAAUCGCACGAAUGAU